UUUAGUCAGGAUGACUUCAAACAGGCAUUGGCCAAAUCUCUUCAAAUCGAAGCCCUCAACUUCUCAACAUCAAUGGCAUCAAAUGACCACCUCUUCAAACAUCUCCGGCCCAAACUUGUCCUCUAAUGAAGGAACAUCGUCACGGGAGGAAGAGAGAGAGAGGGACAAGGAGAAGGAGAAAGAGAGGAACCCAGACCCAAAACUCAGAUGGAAUCCUAAGCCAGAACAGAUUCGAAUUCUGGAGAGCAUAUUCAAUUCUGGUAUGGUGAAUCCUCGGAGAGAAGAGAUACAGAAGAUCAGGAUGCAACUUGAAGAAUAUGGCCAAGUGGGAGAUGCCAGUGUUUUCUACUGGUUUCACAACAGAAAAUCCCGAACCAAGCAAAAACAACGCCAUCUUCAGGCUUCUGCUGAAAAAUCCUCUAAAUUCUCUGCCACUGGGCAAAGAUGUUUUGACAAAUAUGGUGUUACCCUUCCCAAUAACAAUACAAGCUCUUUCAUUGGAGAACUGCCUUCCUCUCUGCUGCCUUGUUCUGCCUCAUUUCCAAUGCAGUACUUGGGUUAUCAGCAGACUGAGGAAAUUAAUACUGCGCAAUACCUCAACAUGGAAGUAGCACAAAUGUGGAAUGAAGGUACAUCAUGUACUGGCAAUAUUCAUGGAAUGUCCAAUAUACCUCAGAAUCAACAGACCUAUUCUUCAUUUCUGCACAAUGAAAGACAAACUUAUCCUCCAUAUGUGGAUCACCAUGCAGCAGCUGAGACCUUUAAACCCCACCAAAAUCUCUUAUCACCGCCUCUGAAUGACAGCACUAUUAUUCAUUCAGGCGCCGGUAUGCAAAGAUUUUCUUAUGCAGAUUCAAGAAAUGAGAUCUAUAGUUAA